AUGGAUCCCGAAGGUCCCAUCACCGCGGGAGCGACUACUCCCCAACGCUCGGGAACCCUCAAGAAGAAGGACUCCGUGAAGAAAAAGGGACGGUCCCGUUCGGGCUCCACCAAGAGCUUAGGACUUGGCGAGCCCGAUUCGAGGAACUCGUUGUUUUAUUCGCCCGUACCUACCCACAGUAAUCCGACCGAGAUUCUGGUGAAUCGGUUUCAAUCGUGGAGAAAGGUUCUGAAAGACGUCAUAACCUACUUCCGCGAAGUUCAGACUCAGCACGAAGCUCGUACACGCAGCAUCGGCAAACUUACGAGCGCUCUCAACUCCGCGACCCGGCCCAGCGACUUCCUUGCCCAGGGAGGCAUCUUCGAAACCAACACUGAGCUUGGUGAUUUUCACAAGGAGGCCAUCAUCAACUCUCAGAACGCAGCCAAGAUCGAGACCGAGGUCAUCAGUCAUUUGAACGAACUCAGGAAUGAUCUAAACGCCAAGAUCAAAGAGAUCAAAGCCCUUUCCGGUGACUUCAAGAGUAAUGUCGAAAAGGAGCAGGAGGCCUCCAAGAAGGAGGUCCUGAAGCUCAGUGAGGCGUUGGAGGCAUUCCAAUCCAAUCCUUCGGGAGCCAAGGAUCCGUAUAUCGUCAAGUUGGGCGUCGAGAGGCAGUUGAAACAUCACAUUGCGGAAGAGAACUAUCUCCACAGGGCCUAUCUUAACCUCGAGUCGAGUGGUCGCGAGCUUGAGAUGAUCAUUGUUGGCGAGAUCCAGAAGGCAUACGACACCUACGUCAAGAUCGUCAGAAGGGAGGGCCAGGAGCUCAUCGACCUGUCCGAGCGCCUCACGGCGACGACUCUUCGUCUUCCCCAGGACUACGAAUGGUCUGCUUUCGUUGAACGGGACUCUCAUAUGGUUAACCCGACCAUUCCCUUGAGAUCUGUGGACGAGAUCGAGUACCCCGGCCACAGCCACCCUGCUGUCAUUGAGGUCCGUACUGGGAUGUUGGAGAGGAAGUCCAAGUACCUCACGUCGUUUACUCCGGCCUGGUACGUCCUGUCGCCGACUUACCUUCACGAAUUUAAGUCACCUGACCAUAAUCGUGAUCCGACGCCGGUCAUGUCACUGUACCUCCCUGAGUCUUCGCUAGGAAAGCAUUCGGACCCAUCUGCCGUCUCCCACAAGUUUGUGCUCAAAGCUCGCCAAUCCGGCGCACUUCAUCGUGGACACAGCUGGGUGUUCCGUGCCGAGUCUCACGCCGUGAUGCUGCAAUGGUACGAGGCGAUCAAGAAACUCAUCGAGGUUUCCGGAGCGGAGAGGGAUGCCUAUGUGAUGAGGACCACUUCGCAGCGCAUCCACGCUGCCCCACACACAGCUGAGAUUGCCCACGGCCAAGACCAUACCCACAAGCACAUGGCUGAGGAAAAUCCCCAGGCCGAAUCUUAUAGUGACGACAACAGUCUUGACAACGAUGAGGCCGAUGAGAUCCCGUAUUCUGGGCAGCAGAGCGAGCUGGAAUAUCCCGUCCACGAAGAAAUGAUGCGUCCACCAAGACGACCUGAAGCCGGAAGGUUCCCGAGUGAUAUCAAGAUCAAUCGUGGUCUCGACGACAGGCAGAGCACCAGAAGCAGAGAUUCCAGCACAUCUGUCAUCGCCGCUGCUAGUGCCUUGCCUAGUGCUAUGCCUUAUCACGGGCACGACGAUACCAACAGCAGAGACUAUGCGUACCAGCAGAACCCUUCCGCUCGUGAUUCCGUCAUUCGUGACUCUGCCACCCGUGAUCACAAUGACAUCGAACGGACUUAUGUUGUCGUCCCACCCAUGACCCACAUGCGUCCCGAUAGUCCUUCAUCUUGGUCUUCUGGUGAAAAGUACCCUGUCGAAGAAACCCAUCGCCAGAGCGGUUUUACCGCAGUCGCUACUCCAACCCAACAAUCCCCCACCUCGGCCACUCACCAGUCCCCCAAUAUCCCCCGCGCAACCGGCUUUGGAAUCGACCCGAUCACAGGCGAGCACGAGUCUUCUCACUCGGCGUCCCCGUCCCGCCACAUCGCUUUUCUCGGCGACAAUGCUCCGGCCCCAGUCCCCGUCUCGGACGCCGACAUCGAUCCCCGCGAACCCAUCCCGGCCAACGAGCUCGGCCCAGUCGCACUAGAGUCUGGCGCCGAGUCUUUAGAUGCCGUGGCCAACUCUCAUCCGUUCGGUGACGGUCUCCCGCCGUUGUCGUCAGUUGUCGUAGAUCAUAAUGCCCCCGUUGGUGCACCGGUCAAUACUUCUAGGGCUGGAAGGUCUCUGGUGCUUAAUGACAUGGCUACUCCUACUGGAUAUGAGGCAGAUGAGGAGGAGAGGCCUGGUAUCUAUAGGGAUAACUCGAACCACACUGUGGGUCAGGGAACGAUCAGUGAUCUGCCAAUGCCUGGAAAGUAUCCCAAGAGGGAGUAG